AUGUACACGAGUCGCAGUAGUGGCGGCCGUCAAGGACGUGGUCGGGGACGUGGAGGCCGAAGUCGUGGUCGCGGUCUUUCUUAUAAUGAAUCUGCUUCAUCUACCAGCAACUUUCGAGCCUCUACAGCCAAAGGGGGUUCCUCUGAGGAUGCCAUUAGUCUGGAUGAGAGUUUUUGCAUGGAGAUCCACGCGGCUCUCAAGUCACUUGUGGAGGAUGGCGAGCGAAUGGAAUUGAGCUUUUCUUGUAGCUAUGACAAUACACAACGACGGUACAUCCAUUCAAUGGCUCAGAAGUACGGUCUUUUUUCCAAGAGCUCAGGCAAGAAAGAGGCGGGACGCUUUAUUCAUGUGGCCAAAGUGAAGAAGAAUGCGGCACUGGAAGAAGUGUCGCUACGUUUACCAGCUACUCCACUCAAUUCUACUACAGUGGAGUGGUUUCCACCUGUUGUGAUGCAAUAUAUGGAGAGAUAUCCCGCUCCGUCGGUACAGGAUGAGGUUUUGGACCCAUGGAGUGUCAAAGAUCUGAGUCCAUUGGUUGCAGUACCUACUCGAUAUCAUGGACGGGGUGGUGCGUCACUAUUUAAGCCUCUACCAUGUGGAGGGAAUGAGACAGGACCCAAGACGGUGAGAACUCCACCUAUUGAAGCGACCAAACUGCCCGUGUAUAGAUAUCGCGAACAGAUUCUAGAACUUGUCGAAAAGAAUCAGAUCGUGGUGCUGUCAGGAGAUACUGGGUGUGGAAAAUCGACACAGAUACCGCAGUUCUUGCUGGACGACGCUUUAGCACGAGGACAGGGACACGAGACGAGAAUCAUCUGUACUCAACCACGACGAAUUAGCGCGAUCUCCCUUGCGGAGCGUGUAGCACGGGAACGCAUCGGACAAGACCCGAAAGAAGUGGGGCACGCGAUUCGAUUUGAUUCGUCGUUUGAUGCAAAGCGGUCCAAACUAAUUUUCUGUACGACGGGCACGCUGCUCAAGUGGCUGAAUAAUGAUCCAUUUGCGCGUGGAUUUUCGCACAUUAUUUUGGAUGAAGUGCACGAGCGUGACCAGUUUACUGACUUUUUGCUUAUUCUUAUCAAGACGUCUAUUCUCAAGCAGAGACCAGAUCUCAAGGUGAUCCUUAUGAGCGCCACCAUCCAAGUAGAAAAGUUCUCGCAGUAUUUCCAACCCGACUUUCCGGCGCCUGUACUCCAAAUGGUGGGAGGUACUAACUUUCCGGUAACAACACUUUUUCUCGAAGACAUUUUGGCGCUGUUGCAGAGCGAUCACGCUUUGCCUUUGCCAACUAUGGACGACUCGCGAAUUGAUCAUACUGGAAACGGAUUGAUUAGUCAGAUAGGAGGGGCGACUGCGAGUAACGGACUAGAUUGUCCUUUGUGUGGAGGCGCAAGUUUUGCUGAUGAAGAGACUUUCGGUAGGCACGUAGCAACCUGCUUCGGUGAGCCCAGCAGCGCUGAUUUUAGAGCACUACCUACACCCGUACCAGAAAUCGCCCCAGUAGCAGUCUCUGUUGCUGCCAUGGGCAACGUUCUGCAAACCGCACUGAGUAGGACAAAUGCUGAGGUCAAAGAGGCUUUACUUUCGUCAUACAUGAAGCAGCAAGACGCACUACGACAGGACCAAUCUGUGGACUAUGACUUGUUGUUGCAGCUGCUUUUCCUUAUAAACCAUACCUUUCCGCUAGGCGAAGAUGGAAAAGGAGCCAUUCUGGUAUUCCUUCCUGGUUGGGAAGAGAUCUCGUUUAUGGAGCGCGCUCUACUUAACUCACCAGCAACAUCAGCCAUAUACGAAAUAGCUCUUCUUCACUCGCGCUUAUCACCGCAGGAGCAGCGUCGCGCAUUCAUGACACCACCGCAUGGAAAACGGAAACUGGUGCUGGCUACCAACAUCGCAGAAACCAGUCUCACUAUCGAAGACGUGGUGUUUGUCGUGGACUGUGGUAAAUCCAAGCAGACGCAUGCUCUUGCUGCGACUUCAAGCUCAUCUUUUGUGAUGGGGUUGCAGACUACGUGGAUCGCGCGGGCGAAUUGUGUGCAGCGCACAGGUCGCGCUGGUCGUGUUCGUGCAGGUGUUUGCUUCCGUCUUUUUUCGAAGUCACGCUACGAAACUGCCAUGAAAGAGUUUAUGCUUCCAGAAUUGCUUACCACUCCGUUAGAAGAGCUGCUGCUGCAGAUUAUGCUACUUCAAAUUGAGAAGAAGCUCCACAUCCGUGAUGCUAAGGAGUUUCUUCUGGAGGCGAUGGAUGCGCCAAGCGAGACCGUGAUUGAUGCUUCACUGCAGCGAUUGGAAGAUAUGCGCGCACUUGCUAGCAGUGAAAGGGGGGACCGGUCCCUGACCUUGCUGGGUUGGCACUUAGGACACAUUUGCUCAGGAGGUGUAUCUGUGCAGAUGGCGAAGCUUCUGCUUUGGGGACAUACCUUCGGCUGCUUUGACGCGAUCUUACAGACUACGUGCACGCUGAGCGGAUACCGGGAUCCAUUCAUCAGUUUCCUUGGCAUGUCUCCAGAAGAACAGCGCCAGGUGAACGCUUCCAAGAAGGCAUUUGCCCGCAAUGGAUCGCCGCCCGCGCAAACCGUGCAAAGUGAUCAUUUUGUUCUUUGGAAGGCAUUUGAGGCAUACCUCGACGCGCGAACACGGUCCUCAUUCCAGGCAAAGGAUGCGUUUUGUGCUCGAAAUAAGCUGCACCGACAGACUCUGGACCAACUUGUUUCUAUCUACAAGCAGCUGCAGCAAGAUUUAGACAUGAUGGGGCUCUCGACCUCUACCCAACUUGUGCCAACGGCAGUGUCAAGGAUGCCAGCAACUACGGAAAGCAUCGCACCGUACUUGAUGGCUCUCAGUAUUGGUAUGUACCCGAAUGCGUUGUUCACACGUUCAGGUGGAGUAAGCCGUAACUGGACUUCGAAGGAGAAAGUAAAAGUGAAGAUAGAUGGUGCAUCUAUGGUGAUGUGGUCUGCUGCUAAUUCUCAAAAAGACAAGCGAAAGCUUGGUUUUGAACAGAAGGAAGUUAGCCAACCGGAUGAAUGGCUCGUGUAUCAUGAAAUGAUGCAAUCUGAGCGUACUCGUGUUGCAAAAUAUGGCACUAAGCUGCCGUCACUUUUGCUACAGGCGCUUCUUAUGGGAUCGGUGGAAAGGCAAUCGAUAGAAGAGCAGGACGCUGAUGUGGAGGUUAAAAAUGAUGAGCCCGUAGCCCCACGUAAGUGGUUGCUUGUAUUGGACGAUUGGAUCGUGUUCGAGCUGAGCAGUGCUGCUGAAGCGCGUUGGAUAGCGCUGCUGCGAGAACGCUUGCAUGCUGCAUUCAUCCGUCACUUGGAGCGUCUGCAUGCACAUUCUCAAAGCGAUGGGGCCAAGGCGUUGUCGAUAGCGGAGCAGCAGCUAAAACAGCAUGACGCAGAACUUCUUCAUACUCUGGUUGCGUGGGUCUCCUCUGAUCUACAUCAUGGAUCAAGGCGUCAGUGA